AUGUUCAGGAUCACCCAGAUUACCUGGAGGUGUUCCAGGGUUUCGGCAUCGGUCAUGAGGUUUUCAACUUCGACUAGUCGAUUUCGUUUCAAAUCCGUGAAGCAUUAUCGUCAAGGAAGCCCAACCGGUGUUAGUAAAAGAAUUAUGACACCCGAGGACUUGUUCAAGCAGGCAUCUAAUGUGGAUGUGAACAAUUUAAAGAAAGAGUAUGACGAAAGAAAACAGGUGAGAUAUGCCAAACCGAAUCAAAAGUGGCUGGAAAGAAUAGCCUCUAAGCAGGAUUUACCGGACGAUUUCAACUAUAGAGACACCGAAUCAAAUAGAUCCUUAGUUGAAUCAUUGCUUGUAAAGAAGUUUGGAGCAGCUAGAAAGAACACCAAUCUAAAGGAUAUAUAUUUCAGUGAGAUCGAUAUUGGAGAUGUAGUGGAUCUUUCGGAUACCUUAGCCAAAAACGAUUUGGCUGUCGUUGUUCAGCUUCCAAGCUCGCCUGAAGAUACGAGAUAUACGUUAAUUAACCAGUAUGGAGAAGUUGAAUUUGUGUCCAGGUUCAGAAUGGGUAUGAAACUUCCCAGAAUAUUUCCAAAAGAAUGGUUUGAAGGUUGUGUGAUGAACGAAUCACAGUUUCUUCAGAAUCUAAACUUGGCUCCAAUUGGCAAGCCGAAGUAUAAGAUCGAAGAUGACGUUGAGAGAAGUCGAAUGUUUGAUAGUGUGAUUGCCCGUGCUUCUGUUGCUGCCAAUAUCGAUGUUCAAUGCUUUAUUCUUCCUUCAAUUCUUUCUGGAAUAGUAUCUGGCAUCCUCACAGGCAUAAUUAACAGCGCCUGGAAUCAUCUUCCUGAAAUCAACCUAAAAUUGGAGGUUCUGCAUAACGUUUUACAAUGUACUGAGUCUCCAAUUCAUCUCGGCUUCUACCAGCUUUUUAAAGCUGUCAUUCAGACCGAUUUGAGCAUGUUGGUUAAAGGUUUAACUUCAAGGAAUGUUGAAGAUGUUAAUACUACCUAUAAGAAACUUCUCUUCAAACUAUCACGUGAUUUAUCCGUUGAAAACCAGUUUGAUUGUAUUAGUUUAGGACGCUCAGUUUAUGGUAAGGUUAGCUUGAAUGAACCCAUUGACAUCAAUGUUUUUUACGGGUUUGUAUUGGGUCUUAGAAAAAACAACCAGAUCUUUCAGUUUGACUCUUUUGCCAAUGCUUCUUCUUUCAUCACCGUCGUUCCAUUGAGUCGCAUUGUUCAGUUCAACAGAAUGGUGCGAUGGUUCAAACAGAACGAAGAGAACUACGAAGUGAUGUCCUUGUAUAUAAUGAAGAAGAUUGAUGUGACAUCUGACUUGCAUAUAGAUAAGCCUGAGUUUUAUGAUGACUUUGUUCGACUUCUUAAACUCUAUGUUGCUGCCUCCUUCGAUGAUGGCAUGUUGGAAUCUUUUGUGAUCAAGAUUAUAAGAGGCCUCCCUGUCUAUAAAGACAUAGAUAUUACCAGAACUGUUGUCUAUGAACUUCUAUUGAAGCUUGGAGAAAUCUCUAACAGUGAGGAUCCAUUCAAAUGGUGGUAUAAUUCGAUGAUCCCUGGUAGUGGAGUUUCGGCUAAAGCAGAUUUAGAGGAGAGCUAUUAUGACAAUAUGAACGCAUCCAAUUUGAACAAGUUUAUCGAUGUCAAUAAUGAUAUGGUGAAGCAUAGAAAACAAUAUGAAGAUGAUAUCAUAUACUGUAUUGACUCUAAGAAUCCGCUAGAGAUAGAUGACGGUAUUUCCAUCAAGCCAGUCAAUGCCAAAGAGUUUAUUGUGAGCUCAUUCAUAGCCAAUCCUUCAUCUUAUAUCAAUCCACGAUCUACCAUUGCUAGAAUAGCCUUUGAAAGAGGUCUCACUCUUUAUUUGCCGAGUAUUAACCGGGCAAAAUCGUUAUCGAUGCUUCCAAAAGUUUUCGGAGAAAGUGUUCAGCUUGGAACUCCUGGUAAAGUGACCAGAGUUGUCAAAAUAAGCUUCAAAGUAAACGUUGAAACUGGAGAAGUGACAUAUCUCGGCAAUGAUACGAUCAACUUUGCCACUGCUUCUAAAUUUGUCAAGGUGGACUACGAUUCAGUCAAUGAGAUCUUGGGAAAUACAUUUCAGGCUAACAAGAUUUUGUUCGAUCUUUCUCAAGCUACAGAUGUUGACGAGAAAUCUUUGAAGAACGAUUUGACUCAGCUUUACAAAGUCUCAUCAAAGCUAAAAGCUACGGCUAAAGAGCAGGGCCGUAGUAACGUGUUUGACUACUUCAACGUUCGAAGGGAAAUCGAAAAUAUUACCACUGAUCAGGAUAAUCAAAUUCAAAUGAAAUUCAAGGAGUUGGAAGAUGUUGAUUCACAGAACAGGAUUUCUGGGAAAUCUGAGAUGCUUGUUUCGGAGAUCAUGGUUAUGAGUAAUCAUGUUGCUGGCAGAUACUUUGUGAAGAAUAAGAUUCCAGCCAUCUUCAAAAUCCAGAAUAAGCUUCCCAAGUCUAAACAGGUAGAUACCAUGCUUACUCAGUUGGUCUCUGAAGAUGAGACAAUUACAUUUAGGGAUGUUGUAUUGCUCCAACAGUACAUGACGAAAUCCACCAUUGCACCAUUCAGUUCUCGUCAUGAAUCACUAAGCAUGGAGGAGUAUGCUAAUGUAACUUCACCACUUCGAAGAUUUUGGGAUAUGGUGAACCACUGGCAAUUACAAUCGUUUGUGGAAAAUGGUAAGCCAUUAUUCACUGCGUCUGAAAUCAAUUAUAUCUCCCUGAUCUUGAUGUUCAAAGACGAGUUGAACGGUCAAAUCUCUAAGAGAGUCAUUGCUUUCUACACAUUCAAAGUAUUAAAACAAAUGCAGGCCCAACGUGGAGGAGAAUCUAUCAAAUUCAAGUGCAUAGUGACGAAAAAGCCUUCUGAAGAUGGUCUAAUUGAGGUGAUAUUGUUAGAUUACGGUGUAAGAUCGAUUCUACAAACUUCGUGGUAUGCCUUGAGCGAUAGAACCGCGAAGAUGGAAAAGAGAACUGCACUACUUAAGGAUAUAGAGAUAGGAGACGUUAUAGAGGAUGCAGAAAUCGAGGAUAUUGACUUACUAGAAGGUUUGAUUGUGCUAAGAAGCGGCAGUUAUUAG